AUGUCUUUCCCGCUCGACACUUUGCCUGUCUGGCCGGGCGACCUAGAUGCGAAGGAUCCAUUUGAGCUGGUGCCACAGUUAAUGUCCUUGAUGAAGAAUACCUUGAUCCGAGGGAUGAAUAAUAUCCACCAGAUUGCUGGCGAAAUCGGCUCGUCUCAUCCGUCGUUCAAAGACUAUCUAUCGUACGUGAGCUUGUUCUGCAAUCUCAUGAGGGCGCAUUUUCAAGGCGACUCCCGAUUCUUCAAGCGUUGUACAGAAUCCGGGGAGUCUCUGGAAGUCAUCUUGUCGGGGGCAUGCAAUCCCGACACACAGAUUUUUCAGGAGUCCCUCGAACGUCUGCGCACUAUCGUGCAAGGCUAUACAGAGAAUCCUGAGAUAUACUCUGCCAUGUCUGUUCGCGAAUGCCUGGCCUUUGGCCCAAAGAUGGUCAAGCAAAUGAGGACUCAGAUUGAAGCUAUCCGUCCUGAGAAACUCCGAAAGCACUUCUCACCUCAUGCAAUCAAGGAAAUGGUCCAAGAAAGUAUGAAAUCCCUUGGAGAUAAUACCCAACUGGCCUUUCUGGUACCAUAUAUCUUCGCGCAUCACGAUCCUGCAACGUCACAAUACUGGCCGCCGUCCCCGGAGGACGGCGAGGCGAAGCUCCGAGCCAUACUGAAAGCGUAUGAGGGGGUAUGGCAGUUUGCACCCUUUGAUCCCAUAACUCGCGAAGUGAGGUUGGAAAGCGCGGAGUAG